AUGCAGAACCGCUUGGAUGGAAAGCUUAUUUUAUUAUAUACAUUGUUGGUUCUGCAGGUCUUUAUAGUUAUGAUCUAUGUAAUAUCAACACCAAAAUCCGAAUAUGAUCUAUCAACAACGAGAAAUCCUGUUAGUUUUAUUGAUACUCAAACCGUACAGGUGCCUACUUAUCAUAAUCAAAUAAAAUUAAAAAUUCCUAAACCGACAACUCCAACAAUUAGUGGAGAGAUAAAAUUAAAGAAUACACGGACUUUAGAAUUUUUCAUAAUUAAAAACCAGACUGCUUGUUGGAAGGAGGGACUGGAUAAUGAUAAAAUCAAGAGCACUGAAAAUGAACGUGAAUUAGAUAGAUGUAUUUGUAAACCAGGAUGGCACGGCGUUGACUGCGGUGAACCGGAAGUUGUUUGGCGUGCAAUAAUGGCCAGCAAACAGAAUAUUAAACUUACAAGACGUAGAACAUCACGAAGAUUGAUAUACGUAUUCUCAGUUGAUGAUUUCAAUUCAGCAAUUGCCGAAGUUAUUGUGGAGGAACUCUAUAAUGUAGUUGAUUUAUUUGUUAUAUGUGAUUAUAGUAAUUCUGAGGAAAAUUUUAAACAUAAAUUAGCUAAAGGUCUUCUAGAAGGCCACCAGAAUAAAAUAUUAUAUAUAAAUAUAAAUUCUGGUGGUGGUAAAACGGCGCGAAAACCUAAACGCGUAAUAUCCCGAUUUAUUUGGGAUAAAAUAAGUGUACAAGUUAAAAAUAUUAAACAUGACGAUAUCUACGUAAUGACUGACAGUGAAGAAAUAUUAAAUUUAAGAGCUUUGAUGUUCCUAAAAGUAUACGAUGGUUGGCCACAGCCCAUUGGUUUUCGUUUAAGAUGGUCUGUAUUUGGUUUUUUCUGGCGGCAUCCACUAAAAACUACCAUAACCGUGGGUGCUUGUACUGUUGGAUUUCUUUACAAUGCCUUUCGUAGCAAUGCCUUAGUUUUAAGUCAAUUAUCCGAUGAAAUAAGUGAACAACGUGACAAUCUCGGAUUAGUUAUCGGUGAUUUGAACCACUAUGGUGGUUGGUACUGUCAUUAUUGUCAAUCACCGGCGAAUAUUGUUAAUUUAAUUGAACGUGAGGGCAAAAAUAAUGUACCUGAUGGUACAAAAAAUUUGGACGUUGCAUUUAUAGAAGAUAUUAUUGGUGGUGGCGUUUGGAUUGACGGGAAAACAAGUUUACUGAGAGCUUAUAAAUCACAUGAAUCAUACUUUGCACCAGAAACUGUUAUUGCAAAUCCAUUCAAGUAUGACUGGUUAGUUGAUAAUUUUUAUGCUAAACUUGAUUACUAUUAA